GUGUCGUUUGGUUUCCUAGAUCACUCGGCUUCUUCCAGAUGCGGUUGGAACCACCUGUGGCCAGCGCCUUGAGAAAGUUUUUGGGACCGAGUACUCCACAUUCUUCGCGUCCCCUUCAGAAAUGAGAAGGGAGUCGUCCGGCAAGUGGAUUUCCCGGUUCGAGGUGUGGCCCUAUUUGGAAAGAUACACUGAGGAUGUCGCGAGCGAACUUGCUGGAGAGUUGCAGGGCAAGCCUGAUCUGAUCAUCGGAAACUACAGUGAUGGAAACAUUGUUGCUUCCUUGUUAGCACAUAAAUUAGGUGUUACACAGUGUACAAUAGCCCAUGCCCUCGAGAAGACGAAGUACCCAGAGUCAGACAUAUACUGGAAGAAAUUUGAGGAAAAGUACCACUUCUCUUGCCAGUUCACUGCUGAUCUCAUCGCCAUGAACCACACCGACUUCAUUAUCACCAGCACCUUCCAAGAAAUUGCUGGAAGCAAGGAUACAGUGGGGCAGUAUGAGAGUCACAUGAACUUCACUCUUUCCUGACUCUACCGAGUUGUCCACGGGAUCGACGUCUUCGACCCGAAGUUCAACAUUGUUUCACCAGGUGCUGACAUGAGCAUCUAUGCUUACACCGAACAGGAGCGGCGGUUGAAAUCCUUCCACCCUGAGAUCGAGGAACUCCUCUUCAGCGAUGUUGAGAACAAGGAACACUUGUGUGUGUUGAAAGAUAAGAAGAAGCCUAUUAUUUUCACCAGCAGGCUGGACCGUGUCAAGAACUUGACAGGGCUUGUUGAGUGGUAUGGCAAGAACUCCAAGUUGAGGGAACUCGCCAACUUGGUCGUGGUUGGAGGUGACAGGAGGAAGGAUUCGAAGGACUUGGAAGAGCAGUCUGAGAUGAAGAAAAUGUACGACCUCAUCGAGUACAAGCUGAAUGGCCAGUUCAGGUGGAUUUCCUCCCAGAUGAACCGGGUGAGGAAUGGAGAGCUCUACCGCUACAUCUGUGACACGAAGGGAGUCUUCGUUCAACCGGCUAUCUAUGAAGCUUUCGGGUUGACCGUGGUUGAGGCCAUGACUUGUGGAUUGCCAACCUUUGCCACUUGCAAUGGUGGACCAGCUGAGAUCAUUGUGCAUGGCAAAUCGGGCUACCACAUUGAUCCUUACCAUGGUGACCAGGCGGCCGAGCUUCUUGUAGACUUCUUCAACAAGUGCAAGAUUGACCAGUCCCACUGGGACGAGAUCUCAAAGGGUGCCAUGCAGAGAAUUGAAGAGAAGUAUACAUGGAAAAUAUAUUCUGAGAGGCUGUUGAACCUGACUGCCGUGUAUGGCUUCUGGAAGCAUGUGACCCCAACCUUGAUCGGCGCGAGUCGCCGGUACCUUGAAAUGUUCUAUGCCCUCAAGUAUCGCCCACUGGCACAGUCUGUUCCUCCGGCUGUCGAAAGUAAACAAAGAGACAGAUUGCGCUACCAGAAGACGGAAGCAUUGGACUUUUGAAGUUUUCAAGGAAUAAACAUUGGAAAUUGUUUGAAUUUGGGAUUGCCAAGAGCGAUCUUUUUUUUU